AUGCCGCACUGGACGUCAAUGAAACUUAAGAAACCCUACAACAGAGUAUUGCGCGACAACUUUGCUUUUAUGCCGAAGUCAGCGCUGGAUCUGUUGGACGCUAUGCUCUGUUUAGACCCUCUUAAGAGAAUUACCGCCGAACAGGCGCUCAACUGUGAUUGGCUUAAGAAUAUUAAUAAUAUGACGCCUCCUAUUCUGCCUCAGGACCAGGACUGUCACGAGAUGUGGUCCAAACAACGGCGCCGUAAACUCCAGCAACAGAACUCCCAGCAAUCAAAUGGUAUUCAUAACUAAACGACACCUUCUUUUCAGAUGACAUGACUGUACAGUAGUGUAUAAUUUCGUUUUAUUACUAAUUAAUUAUUUUUUGUAAAUAUUAUGCAAAUAAAUAUUAAAAAGUUGACAAUUAAUUAUCGACAUCUACAGCUCCUAUAUACACAGUAAGUGCAGUGUUAUUUAGGUUUAGUGGGCGAGCCCUCCAGUUCCAGAGACAACUCGUAACUGCAAAUUCAAUGUCAACACCAGAGUUAAUAUUAAUACCAGUUUUCUAUUAUAAUAUUUAAUUUGAUUUCAUUUGCGAUUCCAAUAAUUUGACUAAAACCCAUAUAUAUUGACACUUUCCGU